AUGAUAAUUUUUCCGUAGUGCUACUGCGCGAUGUACUUUGUUCAAAUUAAAAUUUAAAAAUUGUUUUUAAAUAAGUUUUUAUUACUUUUUCUUUAAAAAACAAUUUCCAUUUAACAAUAAAAUCAUAUAAAUUUGGAAAGUACCAUAAAAUUAUUAAUCAUGGAGCGUUCUUUAGCAACAAUAACAACUGCUGAUAAUGACGAAAUUGAUGAAGAGUGCGGACAUCAAUUAAUUAAAAGUUUAGAAGGAAAUGGAAUAACAAGCAGUGAUAUAAAGAAACUUGAAGAAGCUGGAUAUUUCACAGUCGAAUCGGUAGCAUUUGCCCCCAAAAAGGCACUCAUUUGUAUUAAAGGCAUUUCAGAAGCAAAAGCCGAUAAACUCCUUGCUGAAGCUUCAAAACUUGUUCCCAUGGGAUUUACAACAGCAACAGUUUACUUUCAAAAACGUUCUGAAAUCAUUAUGUUAACAACAGGUUCCAAGGAACUUGACAAACUCCUUGGAGGUGGCAUUGAAACUGGCUCGAUUACAGAAAUGUUUGGUGAAUUCCGUUCAGGAAAGACACAACUAUGUCAUACUUUGGCUGUCACUUGCCAACUGCCUGUGAGUCAAAAUGGUGGAGAAGGUAAGUGCUUGUAUAUCGACACAGAGGGAACUUUUAGGCCGGAACGUUUGGCUGCUGUAGCUGAACGUUAUAAAUUAGUCCGAGAUGAAGUAUUCGAUAAUGUGGCUUGUGCUCGAGCUUACAACACAGAUCAUCAGACAAAUCUACUUCAAGUAGCUGCAGCAAUGAUGGUAGAAUCUAGAUAUGCUUUAUUGAUUGUUGACAGUGCCACAGCAUUGUACCGGACAGAUUAUGUUGGCAGAGGAGAGUUGGCCAAUCGUCAAAUGCAUUUGGGAAGAUUUCUCAGGUUACUUCUUAGACUUGCAGAUGAGUUUGGAGUAGCAGUAGUUAUUACAAAUCAAGUUGUAGCCCAAGUUGAUGGUGGAACUUCUAUGUUUGCUGCCGAUCCAAAGAAACCGAUUGGAGGCAAUAUAAUUGCCCAUGCUUCGACGACACGUUUAUAUCUGCGUAAAGGACGUGGAGAUACGAGAAUAUGCAAGAUAUAUGAUUCACCAUGUUUACCAGAGUCUGAAGCAAUGUUUACCAUUCAAGGUGAUGGUAUUGGAGAUGUUCAAGAAUGAUUUAUAAUUCUAUAUUGCUAUAAUUCCAUUUUGUUUAUGAAUUAGAUAUUUUUAUUUAACAUUUAAGUUUAUUUAACCUCGAUAUUCAGUUAUUACUUCGAAUAAAAUUUAUACUCGAUAAGUUUCAAAA